CAUACUUUGAUCGUUUGAUAAGACUGGACUUAAUUUAUAGUAUUAUUUGUUUCAAAAUAAUGUUUGGAUGUAAACGUCUGGUUUAUGUUAAUGAGCACAGUUUAUGGGAGAUUCCCUAUCGCAAUUGAUGAGAAGGAAGGCGAUUUAGUACCUAAAAAAGAUGUAACCAGUUUAUGUGAUACAAUGAGAUCUCUUGAAAAGACUCUAACCCAACUGAGCAAAGAUCCACCAAUGAAAGGUGGAGAGGAAUUGAUGAAACAGUUGCGGACUUACAAUCAAGCUUGUUUUCAUCUGUUGGAGCUUUGUAAAAGUGAUGCAAAUGAAAAGUCCAAGGCUUUCAAAGUGGGAAAUGAUUUGUUUGAACGAGGUGGUCCUGAGUUUGUGGAUGAAGCAGUGAACGAACAAGUCAUAAUGCAAAAGUUUGAGUGGGACAAGACAACUUUGGAAGAAAUGCUGCACGCCAGGAAAAAGACUAAUGCUCUCUGGUUCGAUCUGUGGAGGUUAUAUAACAAUGUUGACAUUAGUGGUUGACAAAUGUCAUCUUUCCUUGUUGUGAUUUAUUUUUAGCUUGCCAUGUGGCUGAAUGGCUGAUUAUGAAACUUUUGUGGAAAGGGUUACUCGAGAAAAUUGUAAUUU